AUGCCUGUGAGACAAACUGCCGAGGCCUGAAAACCCUGGGAAGUUGAGAGAGUGUUAGCAUUGAAGUUUAUGCAGUAGACAGUAUUUCACAGAUUAGGAAUGAGCAUGUAGAGACAAGGAAGAAAGAUUACCCACAUUUGUAAGGGUUAUGGUUUUCCGAUGUUUGUAAGACCAAGAAUGUGUUAGAAAUAGAGUUACUGAUCGGCGCAGAUUAUUUGUGGUUAUUUCAAGAAGGGCGUACGGUUAGGGGCAAGAGCGAUGAACCUGUUGCGGUACAAACCAAAUUAGGAUGGGUGUUGUCAGGUCCACUGAAGAGUAGCUCUGAAGAUGAUGAUGGUCCUACAUCGUGUGCACAGGUAAGUAUAAACCUUAUUGGGCAUGUAACAUCAAAGAAUAGGUCCCUUGAAGCAUGUGUUGAAAAAUUAUGGGAUUAUGAAACGUUAGGUAUAAAGCAUGAAGAGGAAGCUAGUGAGUUAUUAAAUGAUUCAAUACAUUUCAAUGGCCAACGAUAUAGUGUAAGUUUACCUUGGAAGGAAGGGCAUAGUUUAUUGUCAACUAAUUAUAGCUGUAUAGUGUGCAGAGAUUAAAGGGACAGCUUUUAAGAUUAAAGAAGGAGCCAGAAGUUUUACAAGAGUAUGACAGAGUAAUUAAAGAACAGUUAGAGCUAGGUAUUAUAGAACCAGUUGUAGAGUUAGAGAGAGCUGAUAAGAUCCAUUAUCUACCACAUCAUGCUGUGGUUCGUAAAGAUGCAAAGACCACUAAGGUCAGGGUUGUGUAUGAUGCAUCGAGUAAAGAGACUAAGAAGGGUGUAUCUUUAAAUGACUGCUUACAUGUUGGGCCACCUCUAUACCCGUUGUUGUAUCACAUUAUAUUGCGUUUUAGAGAAAAGCGAAUAGCGCUUGUAGCAGAUAUAGAGAAGGCUUUUUUAAAUAUUGAAAUUGAUCCGUGUGACAGAGAUUGUUUGAGAUUUCUUUGGGUGGGCAACAUACAUGAAGAUGAGGUGAAGCCAGUAGAGUAUAGAUUUUGUAGAGUUGUUUUUGGUGUGAACUGUUCACCAUUUUUGCUGAAUGCCACACUUCAACACCAUCUUGACCGCUUUUCGAAGGGUAAUCCUGAAUUGACUCGAAAGUUGAAGGACGGCUUUUAUGUUGAUGAUCUGGUAACUGGAGAACAAACCCCUGAGCAUGCAUUAUCAUUAUAUGAGGCUUCUAGUAACAAUUUAGCUUCUGGGGGUUUCAAGCUUAGGAAAUGGCUCAGUAAUAGUAAACUUGUAUUAGAGAAAAUCCAAUCAAAGGAAGAAAUCAAGCCUGAUAGAGGAAACUUGGCAUGUGAAGAAACAUUUGCUAAGUCAUCCCUUUGCAUGACAGGCAAAAAUGACACAUCAGAGAAAGUCCUUGGGUUAGCUUGGAAUUGUACAACUGAUGAAUUUCAGUUUUUGUUUCAGGGUUUAGUUGAGAAAGCAAAAUCGCAACCUGUAACCAAACGCAAUAUUCUUAGAAUAUUACCUGUGUUGUUUGAUCCAUUGGGAAUUCUUAGCCCAAUGGUAGUAAGUAUUAAGAUGUUGUUUCAAGCACUGUGUUUGGAAAAAGUAGAUUGGGAUUCUGAACUAAAAGGAAAAUAUUUGAAGCAAUGGUUAGGUUGGGUUCAUGAUCUUGAAGUUGUAGGUCAAAUUAUGAUACCAAGGUGUGUGUAUGGAAAUCUAAUUGGAAAACCCAAAUGUUCAUUACAUGAGUUUGGUGAUGUUAGUUUGAAAGCCUAUUGUGCAGUUGUGUAUUAUGUCUGUGAAUUAAGUUCAGACGAGACUAGUUACAAAAUUGAAGAGAAUGAUGAGACAAAGGUUAAGCGUAGGUUUAGGCAUCUAGCGAAACUGAGAGUUCACAUUUGGGAGAGAUGGAGAAAGGAAUACUUGACGAAUUUGAGAGAGCAUCAUAGAAGUAAGAGGGAGAAGAGGGAUAGGAACGUGAAGAAGGGAGAUGUAGUUUUAGUAUUUGAUGAGAACCUUAAGAGAGGAUUUUUGGAAGUUAGGUAGGAUUGAGAGUUUAAUUGUCGGUAGAGAUGAAGUGGUUCGAGGAGCGAAAGUGAUGACUAAAGGAAAUCCAGUAUAUCUUAAUAGACCAGUUCAGAAAUUGUAUCCUGUAGAGUUAAAUGAGAACGGAAGCAGUACAGAAGAAAGAAAGGAUAAUAAAGUUGAAAAUGAAGUGGAUGGGUAUGAUAACCAGAAAGAAAAGACGAAAAUUAAUGAGAAAGGAAAGACGGAAAUGAAUGAGAAAGACGGAGGGUAAGGUGGAAAGCUGUGUCCAUAGUAAUAGACCUAGGAGAGCAGCAGCAUUGGAUGCACGUUGGAGAACACAAGUCAUGUUUGACCCUUACAGGCUCAAAGGGGGGAGUGUGUAGAAUAAUUUGUAACAUUAUACUAUUGAUAACGUCGUAGGAGACCAAACAAUGGGUGAUUUAGUUGAUUGACGUAAGAAAUGUAUCGUAUGUCAUGAAUAUAGACUUUGAAUUGAUUGUCAGACUGAAAGCACGAGAGAAAACCAGAAGGAUUGUUUGUAAUAUAUUUUAUCGAUUGAAUAGUUUUAAAUAAAUAAGUUUUAAAGUACGCGUGUGUGAUCUAUUUCCGAUGGUAUUGUUCUGAUAGUAUACAGUCCCCACGAAGCGCAACUGUCUUGCGGUGUAAGACAGAAAAGUGCAACAAGAUUUGGGUAUUGUAUAUUUUUACUUAUGGUUUUCCAUGAAUGUUUGUUUUAGACAAUAAGAUGUGCUGAUGAACAAGGCUGCAAGAUUAAACUGUGUUGGAAAAAAAUGUUUAAUUAUUUGAUGUAAAAGUCUAGGAGUCAAGUCUUAAGUUCUCUAGUAAGUCUAGGCUAUACUGGUUACGACGUUCAAAAAUUAUGCAAUAUGAUCGACUACAAACUGUAUAUUAAACUAUAACAUGAUAUUAAAGUAAAAUUUCGUUCGUUUUAUUUAUUGUUGUUUAUAGUUCAUGGUUGAUAAUGAUAAUAAAAAAGCUAGAGACAACUUAUUCAGUUGAAACAACGUUAAAAACUGGGUGAAAUGAACUUAAUUUCACAACUUUUAAAAUUUGUUUUCAUUACAGCGUUGUUACUUGUUGCUAUGCAGGUUGCUAAGACAACGCUGACCGUGUAGUGCGGGAAAUUGCGUACCAGGCCCCGCAUCACACGUCGAUCAGCGAAAUCACUGGCGUUUUGUUUAUUUAACAGCUUUAUUGAACGAUGUUCAAACGGCAAGAGUGCGAACGGGUCUCAAGACCCAUGUGAGGCACUAACCCUCUUGAAUUUUGUUUACAUCUAAUAUCAUUAUAUUUACGACAAUAUUAUAAAUUGGUAAACAUAUACCAGCUGAUUAAUAUCAAAUAGGUCGCUAUUGCACCACAUUUAAGUUAUCAUACAUAAUACAGAUUUGUAUAAUCAUCUGAUGUUAAAAAUUUGAAAGCUGAAUCAGGAUAAAACAAAACCUGACACGAAGAGCUGGUAUAUGUUUACAUCAGAAUUAACUAUUUCUAUGGCAUGAACAGCUACGAUACAAAGACCACGUACAGCACAUGUCAACAUCAAAACUACUACUUAAUAAAUUGAAGUAUGUUCUUGAUACGGAUUUAAACGUUGCCAAACUGCGAAGAUCUCCAGGAGAAGCAAUUUUGCAAGUAUGA